UUUCUCCACUUACAUCACGCCUAACCCACGUAUACCCUUUCCCUCUCUGUAUUUCGUCUCGAACCAUCUCCUUCGUGACCGAACCCUCUUCUCUCGAUACAGUAGCAAUUGCAGUGACCCGAAACUCCCAUUUUUCUCCUCCUUCUGCUCCCCUCCUACCCGAAACCAUCGAGGAACGUAACUUCACGUCCUUUUUUUUGCGCGAAGCGUUCGUCCCGGAUUUGCUAAAUCCGCCGAUUCACGGGAUCUAGUAAAUCCGGGAAGAUUUAGGUUAAAUCCAGUUUAAAUCCUGCUCUAAAUCCGUUACCAGACAGGCCCUCAGAGGUCGGUGAAUUCAGGGCCCGGCUGCCAAACAGUCUAACGCUAGAUUCCUCCUCCAUCGUCGCUCCCGAUGUCCUCUUCAGUGUUGAGCAGCAUAUCAUUCACUGUUUCCGAUGACGAAUCGGACGAGCCAAGUGGGAAGAUGAAGUUCCAAGGCCGCCGAAAGCGAAAGAAGCCGUUCCUCCGCUCGAACAGGGGCUGCUUCAACCGAGUCUUAAGGUUGCUGGCGAGUUGGUGGCCGCUGCUGAUUUUCGUUCCGGCGAUAAUAUUGCUCGCAUUUGAGGCCUCGAAGCUCGGGCGAAAGCAAAACGAGAUGGUCAUGGUGGACAAAUGGCAAUUGGAGGGUCCGCAGGCUCAAAGAACGAACUUGAAUCGUCUCGAUCCCACUACCAGAGUCGUCAAUGGUGUGAGAGAGGUAUGCCUAAAGUUGCUUAAACCAGAAGAACUGAAGAAGCUUGAAUUCCCUGAGAAUACUGUGCACAGUUCUCCGGUCAAGAGUGUGAUAUACAAAACAGAUUAUGGCCAGUAUCUCGUUGAAGACAACACCACAAUGUUAAGGCAUCAAAAUGGAACUGCUAGAUUUAACUUAUUCACGGGAUAUCAAACACUUGAAGAAAGGGAAGAAAGCUUCCAUGUGAAGGAAAAUGCUGAGGUUCAUUGUGGGUUCUACAGUGACAUUGGAGGCUUCAAAAUUUCUAAUGAAGACAAACUAUACAUGAAAGAUUGCAAAGCAGUGGUAUCUACUUGUGCUUUUGGUGGGGGUGAUGAUCUUUAUCAACCGAUUGGGUUGAGUGAGGCCUCUUUAAAUAAGGUUUGCUUUGUGGCAUUUUGGGAUGAACUCACUCGUGCCACACAGGCGGCCGAAGGAAAUAAAAUUGGUGAUGAUGGUAUGAUUGGUAAAUGGCGGAUUGUUGUUGUUACGGAUCUACCUUUCUCAGAUCAACGUUUGAAUGGAAAAAUUCCUAAGAUGCUCGGCCACAGAUUAUUUCCUCAAGCAAGAUAUUCAAUUUGGGUGGAUUCAAAGUCACAGCUCCGAAGAGAUCCGUUAGGUGUUCUGGAGGCAUUACUCUGGCGUACAAAUUCUGUAUUCGCCAUUUCAGAGCAUGGUGCCCGUAGCAAUCUGUAUGAUGAGGCCAAGGCCAUUGUUAAGAAGCACAAAGCAACCCCUGAAGAAGUCAAUGUGCAGAUCAGGCAGUACCGUUAUGGGCAUGAUAGCAGACUUCAUGGGAAAAAAGCUUUGGCAGAAGCAUCAAUCAUCGUGAGGGAGCACACGCCGCUUACGAAUCUUUUCUCAUGCCUUUGGUUCAAUGAAGUUGUUCGAUUUACAUCUAGAGAUCAGCUCAGCUUCCCUUUUGUUCUCAGGCGACUUUAUAUCCCUAAGAUGAACAUGUUUCCGGUAUGUACUAGAAAGGAUCUUGUCAAUAGUAUGGGUCAUAAACACAAGGUUAAACCCCUUGAAAGGCGUAUGUAGUCGAAUGAGAGAUUUUUUACACUCCUGUACAUGCAUACUUAUUCAUUUCCAGGAUUGCAAUUCGAUUUUUAGAUUUUUUAUAAUUUUGAUAAUGACAAGAUGAAAUUUAACCUGU